AUGGCGUCGCUCUGGGUCGGCCUCGUUGUCGGCGUCCCCACCUGGUACCUCGCGGCCACCUUAGUGGAGGUAGGCAUGGCAUGGUGGCAGGGACUCCUAACGGUCCUAGCGGGAAAUCUCCUCGUCCUCAUCCCCAUGCUUCUCAACGGUCAUCCCGGCUGCAAGUACGGAGUGCCCUUCCCCGUCCUCGCGCGCGCAGCCUUCGGCGUCAAAGGCGCCAACCUCCCGUCGCUGCUCCGCGGACUCGUCGCCUGCGGCUGGUUCGGCAUCCAGACCUGGAUCGGAGGCUCGGCGAUCCUCCAGCUCGUCACGCACUUGCCGGCGGCGCAGGGGGCCGCUGGGGCCGCGGCACUGGCGGCGGCGCCGAACCUACCAGGGUGGUUCGGCGGGGUGACGUACGCGGAGUUGGGGUGCUUCCUGGUGUUUUGGGUGGGGCAGCUGGGGAUUGUAUGGCGGGGAAUCGAUUGUAUUCGCCAUCUCGAGUCUGCCAGCGCGCCCGUGCUGCUGCUCCUCUGUGUGUGCCUGCUUGCAUGGGCGUACUCCAGGGCGGGCGGGCUGGGGCCCAUGCUCAGCGCACCCUCGCUCUUUGCACCGGGCGGACCCAAGCACGGGCAGUUCUGGAAAACGUUUUUCCCUGCCCUGACAGCGAACGUUGGGGUUUCUCCUCUCUGCUUUUCACCCCCAUUGGCCGUUUUUCCUGUCAAAGCCACCUUCUCUUCACCCAUUCCACUGCUGUCCCACGCUCCUCUAGCAGACUUCACGCGCUAUUCACGCUCACAAGCAUCGCAAGCAAUAGGCCAGGCGCUGGGCCUGCCAGUGACCAUGGUGGCGUUUGCCUUUGUAGGCCUCGCUGUGACCUCUGCCACGCUCGUUGUCUUUGGCCCGCCUGCCAUCCCCGACCCUGUACUGCUGCUCUCCAAGAUCCCCGGGCUGCUCCCUUCACUGCUCGCCUGCACUGGCCUCUGCCUCGCCACACUCACCACCAACAUCGCUGCGAAUGUCGUUGCACCGGCCAACGCGCUGGUGAAUCUGGCGCCGCGGCGGGUCUCCUUUGCUGCAGGAGCCACGGUUACAGCCCUUGCGGGGCUGCUGCUGGCGCCGUGGAGGCUGGUUCGGUCGCCGGCGGAUGGUGGAGGCGGGGCGUUUUUCGCGUGGCUUGUUGCAUAUUCGGCUUUACUCGGUCCCAUUGCAGGGGUGCUGGUUGCGGAUUAUUUUCUGCUGAGGAAGACGGAGCUCGACGUGGAUGGGCUUUAUUCUUUGGACCCGUCUGGGCCUUAUUGGUAUGCAGGUGGGUACAAUCCGGCUGCAGUGUUUGCGUUGGUGGCAGGUGUGCUGCCAAAUCUUCCUGGGUUUCUGGCCGCUGUGGGUGUGGUUGCCUCAGCAGUGGUGCCUGCAUGGCUGCACACGGUGUAUUCAAACGCAUGGGUGAUUGGGUUUAUGGUAGCUGGAGCGACACCGCUCGCGCCGAUCGGACGACCAGUAGCAGCGUCAGACGAGCCGUCUCGGAACACCGGCAGGCGAUGCUCGCACCAAUCCUUUCCACAUUAUCACCGCUCCCGCCCAGAUUAUGGUGACGCAGCAGCGACCCUGGCUGCACGCACUUCUUCACAGCUGAAUCAUUCCAACCAGUUGCCGACUUUAGUAGGCCGUGUUUCGCGCAAUCCUCUCGUCGCUCGCUUCCACAGUUCACGAGGCCGUUGCUCCGCCGCGUCUCACGCGGCCGAUGGCGGACGGGACACCGCCGCAGCCGGCGGCGUUUCCCUGGGCUCUCCCGGCCUAUUAGAAGCUACGUUCGAAGGCCCCACAGGAGGGUUUCAAGUGAUUACAGCCACGUCGGUAGCAGACAACUUCGACGUCGCUGCCACGUCAGUCACCGCCGCCGCCGCCGCCGCCGCCGCUGCUGCUGCCGUUCCACUACGAGCAGCUGACGAUGCUGCUGUUUCAUGGAGCGCGGGAAGCUUAGAGUUGGAUGGACUGAUACACGACGAGGGUCUACGUGGAUCCGACCUGGUCCCGAGAGGAGAGGAAGAAGCUACGACUGCAAAGCUACAAGGAUCAAACCUGGCUACGACGACAGAGGCAGGUUUCGACGAGGCGGGGAAGGUUGAAUCCGUGCGGAAGGACGCUCGGUGGAGUGAGGAGGUGUGGGAGCAAGCGCGGAGUGUGGUGAGCUUCGCGGGUCCUGCUAUGGGGAUAUGGCUGUCGCACCCGAUUAUAACUUCUCUCCUCCAGUUUCUCUCCUCCUCCUCCUCCUCCUCCUCCUCCUCCUCCUCCUCCUCCUCCUCCUCCUCCUCCUCCUACUCCUCCUCCUCCUCCUCCUCCUCCUCCUCCUCCUCCUCCUCCUCCUCCCCCUCCCCCUCCCCCUCCUCUUCCCCCUCCUCCUCCUCCCCCCACUCAUCCCCUCCUCCCCCUAUACCUCCUGGUGACGUCCCUCAUUUUCACCCGUGCACCUCGGGGCCAGGCACAGCAGUGCGACCAGGUGUCACUAAUCUAGUACUGAGACCUCUCAAACCCCCCUCUCGCCGCAGCACUUCCUUUCUCCCCUCCCCUCCCCCCUUACCCACAGAGCAGGGCCAGGAGCAGCACUUUGCGACCAGGGGCCGGGCACGGGCCGGGCACGGUGAUGUGCGACCAGGUGUCGUUCCUCUUCAUGUUCCUCUCCAUCGCCACCUCCAACCUCAUUGCCACUGCCAUGGCGCAGCAGGUCAGCCGCUCUGCGCCCACUUCAUGUUGGGUCACAUGGAGUCGGGUCGGGUCGGCCUUGCACGGGCAGAUGAGGAAGAGAGCAGAGACAUGCAACAUGACGUGCAAAAUAAUCUUCCCGCUCUCACUAAUCCCCUCAUCCCCUCCGACACUGAGCUGGCAUCGCGGCAUCUAUCACAGCUGCUGUUCGUGGCGCUCGUGUGUGGGCUGCUCAUGACUGCCGUCUCCCUCAAAUUCGUACCACAAGCCAUUGCCGGAUUUGUGGGCAACAACACUUCCAUCAUCCCAGCAGCGUGUGUCUACGCCAAGAUCCGAGCGUAUGCAUGGCCGGCUGUUCUUGUCACGUCUGUGGCUCAGAGCGCGAGUCUCGGGCUGCAGGACGUGUGGGGGCCGCUGCGCUGUCUAGCAGUAGCGAGUGCGGUGAACCUGGGGGGUGACCUGCUGCUGUGCCCGCUGCUGGGAUACGGCAUUGCAGGGGCUGCCUGGGCCACCAUGGCCUCUCAGUACGUAGGGGCGCUUCUCAUGCUGCACUCGCUGCACCGGGCGGGUCGCAUACGCCUUGCCAUCUCGCCCCCUCCGCUGCCCGAGCUGCUCACCUACCUCUCCCUCACCGGUCCCAUCUUCGUCACCCUUGCUGCCAAGGUCGGCUUCUACACACUGCUCACCUUCCAAGCCACAUCUCUUGGGACUGUUCCCCUCGCAGCACAUCAGGUGCUGGUUGGAGUGUUUGCCCUCUGUGCAGUGUGUGCUGAGCCGCUCUCUCAGACGGCCCAGUCCUUUCUUCCCAGUCUAUGCGUUGGUGUCAACAGAAACAUGCACAAGGCGAGGAGGCUGCUGAUGACGCUGAUACUCAUAGCAGCCCUGCUGGGUGCCAUGGAGGUCACCACUGCCCUCUUCGUCUCGCUUCGCAUGCCCUCCCUCUUCACUGCCGACUCUGCUGUCAUCUCUCAGGUGGGUCUCAGGACUGCCACGUGGGUGUGCAUUGCCACGUGGGUGUGCAUUGCCACGUGGGUGUGCAUUGCCACAUCGACCCAGCGUUUAACACAAGCGGGCCCAUGCCACCCUCCCCCUCUUCCGCCUCCGUCCUUCCCCAUCGCCCUUUCCUCCUCCAACCUUCCCCAUCAGAUAGCGUGCAUAGCCCCGGCCCUGGCAGUCAGUCUGAUGCUCAACCCCAUCGUGCUCUCCUCUGAGGGAGCCCUGCUGGUAUGCCUGCCCUCGCCGCCUGCUGCUGCCAUGCCUGCUGCCAUGCCUGCUGCCAUUCCUGCCGCCAUGCUCCCAUGCCUACAGCCAUGCAUGUUGCCAUGCCUGCUGCCGUGCGUGCUGCCGUGCCGUCUUCCGUGGUUGUUGCUGGUGUCUGCUAGUGUUUGCUACUCCGGCACUAUUCCACAUGUCGGGUAUUGA